AGGCGCUGUAAAGAUAUCGGCCAACUUCAAAGCUGAAGGCCUUGGAUUACAUAUUUAAACGCCAGUGACAUUCUUCGAAGCAUGGCUCUCAACAUCGACUACGACGCUGUUCCGGGCACGGAACAACUAAUCGAUGCCAACAACAAAGCGGAGGCAUUCGUCCACGUAGGGGACUCCGAUAUUGUGCUAAUCCCCCAGCCCACCGAGUGUGGAGGCGAUCCACUCGUAAACAUCUCGCAGCUUCUUCAUGGUAUCAGAUGUUUUGCUCACCAACUGCAGAAUUGGCCGCGAUGGAGAAAGUACUACCAACUGUUUCUUGUGGCACUGUAUGCCUGCGCCUUUUCUUUUGGCGAAAACACUCUGGGAGCGGCAUGGACGACAGUCAGCAAAGACACUGGCGUAACUUUAACGAACAUGAAUGGAGGCAGUGCACUGAACUAUCUCCUGCUAGGAUUUGUCAACAUAUGGUGGAUGCCCGCUGCCAAUCUCCUAGGGCGCAGACUUGUCUACCUGGCAAGCACUGCGCUUUGUCUUGCGACUGGCUUUUGGCUUGCUGCAGUCCAUGGGACCACCCAGUGGAUGCUGAACAUGAUUGUCAAUGGUAUUGGAACUUCAGCAUAUCAGGCCAUCGUACAGCUUGCUGUAUUUGACAUGUUCUUUCUUGGCUCCAUCAUCGGGCUUAUCACGGGCGGAAGCAUGUCCGACACAGUGGGCUGGCGCUGGAGCCAGCGGAUUUGCGGGUUAGUGUUCACCUUUGUGCUUCUCAUAUUCUUCUUCUCCUUCGAGGAAACUUUGUUCCCGCGGUUCUUAUUCUUCCAAGGAUCACCCGUUGCCGCCAGCGUCCCAGCAGGAAUUGAGACACCGCAUCAACAGGACCAAGUCAACAGGAGCAGGGAACGCGUGAGUGAGCAUCAAACAAUAGCUACAGUUGGCAUCAACCAGUUCCCCAGACGAUCGUACCGCCAGUCCCUCAAACCGUGGGCCGGGUUUAUUUACGCCUUUGGAGCAACGGCGGGUAUCGUCUCGUUCAACACCAUCUCGGAGAUCCUCACGGAAGCCCCGUACUCUUUCAACACGACCUCAACUGGUCUUGUAUUCUUUGCUGCACUGGUGGGUAACAUCGUCGGGUGGGCCAUGGCUGUCACGGGUGAUCAUGUUGUGAUUGCUCUGUCCCAGCGAAAUGGCGGCGUCAAGGAACCCGAAAUGCGGUUGUACAUGCUCGCUCCGUGCUUCCUCCUUGCUGCCACAGGGUACAUGAUGUACGGUUGGGGGGCACAGAGGGAAGCGCACUGGGUCACCAUAGCGAUCGGCAUCGGGGCCAUGAUAUCGCACCAGGUUGGUGCCUGCACAAUCGCGACAGCAUACGCAAUGGACUGUUUCCCAGGGAUCUCGGGUGAACUCGUCGUGGUUCUGGCUAUGUGCUCCUCAGCCGUCAAUUCUGCAAUCUCGUACUCCGUUCAGCCAUUCAUUGAGGCAGCGGGCUACGGAUGGACCUUUUUCUUCUUCGGCCUCUGCGUCCUGGCCUCUGCCUUGAUGGCUAUUCCACUGAUAGCAUACGGGAAGCGAUGGCGAAUUGCUAAAGCACCUCGCUAUUAUCGCUUCCUUGAGGAGGUGGGGGGUUACACCGACUGGGGUCUGGUACGUGUAGGCCUGAUGGAGGAGGCGCUCUUCAUGUCUCGGCACAGCUUUUGUGUGCAUAUAGAUGCUUUUUUGGUGCAACCCGAUACGCCCGUAGAAACGUAA